UAACGGACGCGGUGUGUCAGUCCAUGGCUGCACGUCGACGAGUCACCUACACCUUGAAAUUCGGUGCAUAAAAUGUCUGAGGCGGAGGAUGGCCCGGGCAAAGUCAGUAACUUGACAGCGGUGGAGGCGAUCUCGGCGAGGCUGGCGGAAGUGACGCGGCUCGCCGAGAAACUGGACGCUAGACUCUGCGAGGCGGGCGCCAGGACUCGUCCAGUUCCUAUGUCGUCGUCCGCCAUGUCCUCCGCUUCAUCUUUGUUCUCAUUGUCAUCGUCCACACCGGCUACCACCGCUUCCUCGUCGAUUCAACCCACUUCCGCUACCAUUUCGUCGAUUCCUACGUCCUCUUCGUCUGCAACAUCUUCAUCCACUGCACAAGUUCAACCGAAAUCCACGGUUACUGCUGUGAAAGGAACUGCCUGGAGUUCAACGACUUCAGGGAUGCCGACCACGGCACCAUUGAUCGAUGGGGCAGCUGGAAGAGUACCGUCUCCUUUGCUGGAGAGUUCUUUGAAGAAAGCUGUCGAGAGCGAGACUCGGAUGGAGACUUGCGAGCAGCUUUCGGGAGAUGACAGGAGUGGGCAGGAGAGUGCCGAUGAUAUAGUCGACAAAUCUUGCGAUGAUAGUUUAGCUGACGACUCGAACGUGGAGUGUUAUGUGACUGCCACUGACUGUUCGAUAACUCCGACGGCUCGUUCAAGAAGCGAAUCCUUCGUUACGUCUCCAGAAUGCGAAGACCUUGCUGCUCCAGCAACCAUGACGACUACGAGCGAUACUUGGUGGAACGUGGAAGAACCAAAAUUUGGCACAGCCACCGCAACAAUGUCGUCGUGCGUCGUUAAGCAAGCCGUCGAGCUUCCAAAAAUUUCGGAAGCAGAGAAAAAGGAGACAUUAAUCGAAAUUUCGAAGCCAGAAAUCUGCGAGACGUCUGGGGAAAAGAAGGUUGAAAAGGUUGUGUCAAUAGAAAGGAGAGCAGAUGAGAAAUCAGGCAAAAUCGUGAAGGAAGUCACAGAGACUACAACUCUGCGCGUAUCGCAUGACACGCGGCUGGGAGUCGCAUCUUACAAAGUGAUAUCUAAUGUUGUGCAAGAUCAUCGUGAAAACGUUGAUGUCAAAGAAAUCAAGGAUCUCGAGCGCAUGGUAACACCAGAAGGCUACAAGAAAACGAACGGUUAUCAUCACGAAGCGGAGCUAGGUCCAAAAAGUGAAUCGUACAGUCGCAGAGACGAGUUGUCGACGAAGUCGGACGACGUCGAACGCGUGAUCAAAUUCACGAAAGUCAGCGAGACCAGCGAAGAACAGAAAUCGUUCGCAGCAUCUGCGGAGGCGACGAAGGACAUGACGUUGUCUUUGAAAGAGUACACCAGGCAUCACGAGGACAGCGGUAUCGAAAUGUCGCCCACGAAGAGGGAGGACAGCCUGGAAGGACAAGAUUUCCUCGAGAGAGCGAGGAAGAAGAGAAUUACGAGAAUGGUGGACGGCCACGACGCGAUGGAAACGACAGAGAACAGUGAUGGACCUCGUGAGAAGGAAUCACGAGCGGUGAUGGAGAGCAACGAGGACGCGCCGCAACAAACCACGACACCGACAACCACCAUAAGCACCAUCGCUGUGCAGAGCGGUGAAACGCGUCUGGUGAUCGCUCUACUUCAAAGCGGCGAAUGGCUCAGGCUGAAGGUACUGGAAGUCCAGCCGGAAUUAACGAAGCUCGGCGCCUCGGUCGAAGAAGCUACUGAGCUUUCGAGUGCACACGACGAAGUUCUGCUUCGAUUACAGAGCAAACAGAGCCCAGUGGAGGAAUUGCUUAGACAGGCUGAUCAGCUGAUUUCGAAUCAAAGGCCAAGGGCGGAAGUUUACGCAGCGAUGGCGGAAACUUUGGGCCAAGCUUGGCACGACGUAAACGAGCUCCUGGAGCGCCGGAAACAGAUCCUCGACUGCAACGUAUUGUUCCAAUGCCGCGCGGAAGAGUGUCGAGAAAGCAUGAGGGCCCUCGAGAUGACGUGCAACGACACGCUGCUACCGAUCGAAAUCGAGGCAGUGAAGAAUUUCCUGACGAAGAUCCAGGAUCUUCGGAAGAACAUGUUGGAGGCGUUGAGGGGCGCCCUGCAGGAGGGAAAGAGCUUAUUGGACAGACUGAAGGAGAUCGCGAAUGAAGGCUCCUUGGACUCCAGGCCAGACAGAAUUAAACUGGAAGCUGAUCACGCCGUGAUAAAAGUUGAAAGGUGGUUGGAGGAGCUCCACGACAGAAGACAAUUGAUCGAGACAUCGUAUCGCAGUCGCAAGACUCAGUUGGAGCAAUGCCUGGCUCUAGCUCUGCUAGCUACCGAUUUACGCGAUCUUGAAGAGAUCUUGAACGACAGGAUCGCUGCUCUGUCGAGCAGCUGCGAUCAACUCGGUGAUUCCGCGUCGAGUGCGGAAUUACUUCUGUUCGAAUUGAAGAAGUUACAAGCUGAAGCGAAGGAAUUUCAAGACAGAUCGAUCAAGAUAACGAAGUCGACCGAACGAUUAGUGUCCUCAGGACACUUCGCUGGCGAACAAGCGACAGAACAAGCUUAUGCUAUCCUCGGCGCUGCGGCCGAUUAUGUGAACGAUUUAGACCAGUACGAGUCGUUGUUGAACAGGGCCGUGGCGUUUUUCGAUUCGGCUCGAUCGGCCAUUACGAAAUUGGAUCAGCUUGAGAUUCAGUUGGUGACAACAGAACAUCCCCUAUAUUCGGCCCGAUUAGCCCGUUUCCAUGCUCAGACAGUUACCACCAUAGAAGAUGUGACCUCGAAGCCUUUGGCGGAGGGAUACGCUCUCCUCGACAUCACAGGAAGGGGAGCGCCUGGAGCUGAGGGCGUAAAGCGCAUGGUAGAAGAACUGGAGAACCGCAAGAUCAAGCUGAUGGAGCGGUGCACCGCCCACGAGGAGGAGAAUCUCGAGAUAUCGAGGAUCAUAAACAUGUUCCUGGCGAAACACGACGAGCUACGAAAAUGGCUGGCGAGCAUACCAGACGCUUUCCUGCAGGGCCAUCAAGAUAUGGGCAGCGACGUGGCGAUGGCCAAGGAUUUCUGCCGGUUGCAUCGGCAGCUCUUAAGCGAUCUCGAUCAAAGGACCGACGAUGUGCAGCAUUUGGAGUUCGAAAUACUUCCUGUGGCGGAUAGGCUGGAGGAAUUGCAGAAAUUGGAGUUGAAAUCGAAGGCUGCGGAGCUUUUAAACUUUUGGACGAGCACGAGACACCUAAUUGCUAAGAGGAUCGAGCUGGGCAGCCUUUAUUUGCAGUUCCAUUUGGACGUGGAGGAAUUGACUAGGGAGAUCGAAUCGGUGGAAAGCGAGUUGACGAGACCAGCCGACAUGGCGAUGAAAGUCGAGGAGAUUGAAAGACGAUGGGACCAUCUGCAGUCCCUUUACUCAAAGAUGACCGGAAAUGGAAAGGCGUUCUUGGACGCAGCUGUGAAGAUCGACGACCCUUAUUUGGAUGUACACAGAGCUUGCUUAUGCGUUCAGACUCUCCUAGAUAAGUUCGCUAACAGACAGUUACAGUUGAAGAGAAUCACCAACGAGAUUUUGAUAGAGAAACGUAUCAAGUAUGAACGAAGAAUCGAAGAAAGCACAAAGACAUUAGAAACGGUAAUCAAGUUCAGCGACCAAUUAUAUCCAAUAAUAAGGACUCUGUCCUCCGAGACAUCGGUGAUCCUUCAGGAUCUACAAAAUUCGAAAAUGCGAGUUCCCUCUGAAUUGAACAAGUCUGCGAACGAAUUGGAUUCUAGAAUUGCAAGCAUGAUUUCUUUAGAUCAAAAAGGAGAAAGUCAAAUUACCGAAGAGAUCCUAAAGAGGCUUCAACAGAUGCAGCAAGAUCUACGUACAACGGCUCGAGACUACGAAUUUCUUUUGGAUUCAAUGAUUUCUGAAUUUCAAAAUAUGAACGAGCUCAAACGUGAUAUCGACCAGUUGAAAGUCCAAGCAGAGCAAGUUAUGUCCUUAAAGAACUUAAUCGAAAUAGAAACCAUUUCAAGCGAGCUGACCACGAAGCGAAAAUGCAUUAACGAAAGGCUGAGCCAGCUGAAGAGCAAGAUACAAGAAGUGACAGUUAGAAUCCGGCGACAAGAACCUUUGGAAGCUGGCGUCCAGGAUAUCGAGAAAUUGGAACGAGCCAUGAUGACAUUAGAAUUCGAUUUAACUAAUUGCGAGCGCCAGAUUGAGAACAUCGAAGAACAUCGACGGACCUGUAUUUUUGUCGAGGAUCUGGAAAAGAUUCACAGUGAACUACGCGAUCUAAGCGAUCAUUUGAAGAAUGUGGAUGCUAGAAUAGGGGAAAAUCUUCAAACAGCUAAAGCUGUUGCGAGUUCAUUCGUGCAAUUCGAGAAGACUGUCUCGAUUCUGGAAGAAAGAAUUGAGACUUUCGUGAAAACAACUGAGGAGUCGAUAACACUUUUAACACCGGAAAUCGCGAACGAUAUUUCUUCGUUGAGGGAACGAUGGAGAAACUUCAAGGCGAAGGUUGAAGAAACGAAAAGACGAAUGAAUUUAAGUGUCGAGUAUUUCAUACUUUUGGAGGAAGCUAAGGAAUGGAAUAGAAAUGGUAGCAAACUGUUAAUGGUGAUCGCGAGAAAAGCGACCACGGUGAAAACGCCGGACGACGCGAUGGAGCUUCUUCGAGAAAUGGAAAAUUACCUGAAACCGGGCGAGGAGAUACAGGAACAAAGAAUUGAGAAACUGAAAGAGCUGUCGACUAUUGUUUUCGGAACGGAAAGGCUGCCUCAGUUCAACGAGGUGAUACUCGAGAAUCGCCAAAUGCUCGACUCGUUUUCAGUCGUCUCCUCCGAGCUGCGAACGCUGAUGGAAAAUUUGAAAAACGCCGAGGAUAUUCGAGAGAAGCUACGGAUCGAGAAAAAGGAAACGGAUGAGAAGUUGCUGGCAGCUAAACUCGAAAUGGCCGCAGCAGAAGCAGCCAGACAGGAAGCUGAGAACGCAAGGAAAAUCGCGGAAAAGCUUGCAGCUGAAACAUUGGAGAAAGCAACGACAGAAGCGAAGAAAUUGAAAGAAGAAAGAGAAGCUCAAACGAUUCCAAGUGCGCCGUUGUGCUCAGUAUCUGCUCAAACAGAGAAACUGGAAACUACCGACGAAAGUUUCGUAAAGGAAACGGUCACUUCCGCCAUUACCACUAAAGAAAUACAUAUUUUGCAGAAGACGGAAAUCGAAGAAACGGUCCCCGCAUUCGAACGCGAAGCUAGUCCAUCAAAGAAAAUCGUGCCAGAAGAGUCUCACGAGAAUAUCUACGAAAAAGUGCAAAUUGAGCAUACGCCACUGUUGGCUCCAGAGUUUACUAUUCCUCUGAACGACGCGACAGUUCAAGAGGGUGAGAAGUUCACGUUCCAAUGCACUCUCGUGGGCCACCCCUUGCCAGAAGUGGUUUGGUACAAGGAUGGGAUUUCAAUUUUAAAUAACCCUGACUACUUGACGACUUACCUUCACGGCCUUUGCACGUUGACAAUAGAGGAAACUUUCGCCGAAGACUCUGCCAAGUACACUUGCAGGGCGUUUAAUAUAGCUGGUUCGACCGAGACUUCUGCCACGUUGACUGUCAAAGAAACUGCACCGGAAGAGCAACCGAGCCCCCCCGUUUUCGUAAAGGAAUUGUUGGCAUCAGUGGUAACGGAAGGCUCCUCUCAUAAAAUGGAUUGCGUCGUUGAAGGCAAUCCUCUGCCAACGGUACAGUGGUACAAGAACGAAACGAACAUCGAUAAUUCUCCAGAUUACGUUAUCACUUACAACAACGGUGAAGCUGUAUUGAAAUUUGAUGAAGUGUUCCUCGAGGACAAGGCUACUUACACUUGUAAAGCAUCGAAUCGACUGGGCCACGCUUCUACAUCAGCCUCUCUCGAUGUACAAAGUCCAGUAAGUAACACAGAGAAACCACGUUUCGUGACGCCUUUAUCAAAUGCGAUGGGCAGAGCAGGUCAGAGGGUGAAGCUCGAAUGUCAAGCGACCGGAAACCCGUUGCCGACGAUGACUUGGUACCAUGAUGGAAAACCGAUCGAAGAAACUAUGAAUAUAAAGAUACAAACGGACGCUGGCCAGGCCAGCUUGAUCAUCGCGGAGGCGUUCGCGAAGGAUGCCGGAUGUUACGUGGUCACCGCUAGAAACGAGGCGGGGGAAGCGAGCGUGUCCUGCAACGUAUCGGUGAAGGGACGCCUUCCUCACGAGACCAGCGACUCGGAGCUCGCUUGCAGCGACAUGGAGCCCGUCGUGCCCAAGAUACAAAUGCCCCUGAAAGACCUCAAGGCCCAGGAAGGCAGAUCGGUUCGUUUGGACUGCGUGAUUGUUGGCCAACCUGAGCCGGAAUUGUCGCAGGUGAUCUGGUACCACGACGAUCAACCGGUGAAGGAGUCCGCCGAUUUCCAGCUGUUGUUCCAAGGCGACAAGUGUUCCUUAGUGAUUCACGAGGCUUUCCUGGACGACGCCGGCGUGUACAAAGUAGUCGCCAUUAAUUCCGGCGGUGAAGCAUCUAGUCAGUGCAAAUUAACAGUGACGCCGGUUGGUAUUCCACACGAGUUGGAUGGUACGCGACCGGAGGUCGAAGAUACAUUGAUUUCCGGUUCUCCACCGAAGUUCGUAAAACUUCCGACGGACUCGUUGGUGGCCGAGGGCGAGAACGCCAUAUUUGACUGCGCGGUGGUUGGAGAACCGAAACCGGAACUCAGGUGGUUCUCCGACAGCGGCGAGAUCACCGGAAACGAAAGAAUCUUGAUCCAGCAAAAAGAAGAUGGAACAGGGAUGCUUCGAUUCUUGUCCGUGAUUCCCGAAGAUCGAGGAAAUUACAUCGUGAAGGCUACAAACGUUCAUGGCAAAGCGAAAGCAUUCGCCAGGUUGGUCGUGAGAUCUUUGGGCGAUUUUCGAAGGAAAGAAGAGUUCGUGCAAAUGGAGGAGAAGCUCAUCGCGCCAACGUUCAAGGAAAAAUUCGAGGACAGAAGCGUACCAGAAGGGGUCUCUACAAAAUUCGAGUGCAUCGUUGUUGGGAAGCCAUCGCCGAAGAUUCAAUGGCUCUUUAACGAACGACCUGUCCAUGGCAAAGAUUUUUUGGUGUCGGUCAGCGGGGAUCGACAGGUGCUGACGAUUCCGGAGACAGGAAGCACGCAUGUCGGUACUAUUUCCUGUGUGGCGGAGAACGCUGCUGGUAAAGCGGUCUGCAGUGCACGUUUAGAUAUUGGUGGCUGGUUGAGAGAAGAGGUACAUAAGGGAACAGAGGGGGCGGAAGAAGGCGAGAGGGUACUUGAACUAGUCGAAACUCUGCCCAGCGACGAAAUGCAUGCGUCAAGCAGCAGUGACAAACACUUCUUCUCGGAGAAGAUGGCCGAGCCUGGGGGUGAUAACCAGGUGCUGACCAAAAUGUCGCAGAUGAUCACGGAGUCCUCCACCACUCACACGACCACCAAAAAGGAGUACAUCUCGUCUAUGAUGUCCUCCACCCAGUCGAAGUCAGGACAGGAACCGACCAGUGUCUGUGUAAAAACUACGAUCCACAGCACCGAGCAGUCAUCGUCUGACAAUGGAGCACCCCCUGUUGUCCAGUCGUACAAAGUCGAGGAACACGAGAAGAUUAUACAGGACCAGCCAGGUGAGAUUCGACAGGAGAAGACGGUCGUUGUGUCGCAGGACGAGGAGGGCAUUAAACGUGACAUGAAAGCGGCGCAAGCACUGAAACCGACUAGAAAAUCGACCGCGCCGAGGUUCGUCUCACCGAUCACAGGAAUGAUCGUUGAUCAAGGGACAGACAUUGUUCUCGAAGGAAUUAUUGAUGGUUUCCCACAGCCUUCGAUCACCUGGUCGAAGAACGGACAGGAGCUGAAAACGAAAGACGGUAUGCUGAUAAGUUACGCGCACAAUCACGUCUGGCUGGAAUUGAAGAACGUUAACGUUAAGGACGCGGGACGGUACACGUGCACCGCGACCAACGAAGUCGGAGCAGCUAGCAGCACAGCUGACCUAGUUGUCAAAAAAACGAUAUUCCCACCUGUAUUUGGCAGAAGGCUUCAAGCUCAAGUUGUGAAACGCGGCGAUCGCGUUAUAAUGGAAGUAGAAAUUACAGGAACUCCGGAGCCCACCGUGUCGUGGUUUAAGGAUGACAUACCGAUCAAAGAACGCCCACCUGAGUUAAGAAUUAAACAGCAAGGGAAUUGUUACAUGUUAAUCAUCGAAAAAGCUGAGAUGGAGCAUAGCGGAAAAUAUAUGGUCCGAGCAACGAACGCUGGUGGAGAAGCGCAGAGCAUAGCCGACUUCGCCGUUUUCGAGCCAACACCCGAUACGAUGGUUGAAGUUCACAAAACUGUCAUCUACGAGAACGUGCAGGAUCAGAAGUCCGAGGAAAAGAAGAGCGAAGGAUUUUCUAUGAAACCGCCGAGCGCUUAUUUACCACCGGUUACAACUAUCCAACCGAGUCCUUUGAAAAUCCCAGCGCCGAGCGUAGUAUCUUCGUCGAUUUCGCAAAAGACGCACACAGUUGAAAAAAUCGAGAAACCGGAAAUGUCUCGUUCAGAAACGAUUUCAUCCACCGUGGAGUCCCAUCAAACAGAAACCAAAUCCGAACAGAAAUACCACAUGAAACUCGAGCACAAGAUGCCAUCGAUAACUUCAGAGCCACAGAAAGGAGGAGAAACCUCGAUCAAACAAGUCAUUCACGAAGAAAAGAAGAUCGCCGAACCAGCUGGCACAGUAUUCGAAGAGAAAACCACGAUCGAAAACGAGAACAUCGAAACAUCCACCAUCGCUAAGAAAGACGCCCUAAGUUUCUUCGAAUCGAUGACGAAGGAAGCAGAAACAGCACCAAAAGGUCCCAAAGAAAUGAUCAAACUGGUAGACGACACAGAUGGCCACGAAGUGAAGGUUGGCAAGCUAUCGAAGAACUAUGAAAAGUCCACGACCUUCCAGGAGGUGAAGAAGCCAGAACCAAAACCCCAAGAGUUCCAAACUAAGAAGAAAGCAGUGCACGAGAUCUUCACUAAACUGGAGCAAGGGCCCGGUGCGUCGAGAGGUGUGGACAACAAACUAUUCGAUUUCCCUUACGAAUCUUACAAACCAGUGGAAACGAAAAAGACAGUGCAAGAAACAUACACCUCAGGAUCAUCGUCCUUUCAAGGCUCCUUGACGAUGAAAACGGAGUCCAAAUCCGAGAGCUCUGAACUGCUGAUGGGCAGCUUUAAUUUGCAACCAGAACCACCGCCAGAGAUAGGCUACAUGCCGAAGCCCGAGGAGAUGCAGAAAAAGCGUCUCGACGUAUCGGUGAAAGCUAAACAGCUUCAAGAAUCCUUUGACAAGAGUUUGUCCCCUAUUGACGCACCGAUUGGCGGCGUGAAGAUCUUCCCAUCAGCCCCACCUCCUAAAGUCACUCCUGAAGUUCCCAAACCUGUUGCGCCAACUUUUUCGAUGCCUCCACCACCGUUUGAACUGGACAAGAAAGAAGUAGUGGAAGAGCUGUGUGUGAAGAAAGACAUCCACGAAAAGAAAGACUUCGUGCCAAGUUUGAGGCCAACGUCGCCUACCAGCAGACCCUGGUCAUCAUCAUCAGACUUCGAGACUAGGUCCCACGUGUCUACCGAUUUGUCUGAAUACAGGUGUCACUCAGCUGCGUCCAGCCACCAGGAAAUUCUGAGAUCAACUUCGCCUAGACCAUCAGCAGAUGCUUUAGCAAUGGAAAAGUCAUGGGCUAAGAAGUGCGCAGAGUCGACUAGAAAGUCCUGGCCGCCUCAAGAGGAAGCUAAAGUGAAGCAGGAUUGGCAGGUCCCUAGUGAAGAUUAUAAAACUUCUACGAAGGAAUUCAAGCGCGAAGUGGAAGAGACACCUGAAGGCACCAAGAAGACCAGCAUGGAGUCCUCCAGCACUACGGAGAAACGUUCUUGGAGCUCGAAGCAGGAGACGAGCGAGAAAGUGUGUACCAGGCCUGUUUCGCCACCUAGAGUUCAGCCUAUCAUCUACAACGCGGAGACGAUCAAAGUGGACCACACAGUGAAUAAAAUCGAAGAGAAGUCCAUGUUCGAGAAAUAUUCCAGCGAACGUGAUAUGAAAAAGUCAGAGGUGUCUGAGAAAAUCGAACAAUUUAGCUCGAAGAAAUGGUCCGCUGCUGAUGAUCUGAAGGCACCUGGUCUGGUGAGGAGCGUAGAACCACCUAAGAAACCUGUUAGUCAGGUAUACCGCCCACCAGAACCAAUGCCAAUGACAGGAGAAAUCGUUUUAAAACCUGGCCCACCUCCUGAGAUAGGCUAUAUACCAGCACCAGGGAUCGAGGAGGUGAAGCUGGAAAAGGUUGAUAAGGGAUUCAAAGUGUCCAAAGAAUACCAGACAACUAAAACACCUCCAGUAAGUGUCUCUCCAGCUCCUAAAAGAGAGGAGCCCCCAGCAUUGCCACCAAAGGAUGUUAGAAUGACUCCUCCCCCGAUACCUGCUAAGCAACCAGCUCAGGAGCCUCUGGAGCCGUUCCCAUUUAAACCUGCCUCUGUACCAUCACUCCCAAAGACACCUAAACCAGCUACUUCUGUUCCCACCCCUACCAAAUUUGUUAAAGGAACCUUCACUCAAGAAAGUGAUUACGAGUCAGACAUAGACGGACACAUGAAGGCAAAAUGGAGGCCUUACGAAAGUGACACCGAAGAGCCUCGCUACAGAAGAGUCCAACCUCCAGUGGUCAAGCAGCCUAGCAGACCUAGGUCCACAGAACCUGAACCGCUUCCCCCUUCUAAGUUCGAAGUUCCACCGACGCCCACUGCUUUCUCAGCAUCGACUAUCAGCAAGCAGAGCCAAGAAACCAUCAGCAAGCAGAGCCAGGAAACCAUCAGCAAGAAGCAAACUAUUGUAAAAAGGCAGGAAAGGGAGGUCAAGCAACAGCAGCAGCAACAGUAUCAAGUGCCCCAGUCAACUCCAGUGGAACUGAAACCGGGUUCUCCUCCAAUUUACGUUCAAACGGCCUCAAAGAGUCCAACCCCAAAGAGUCCUAUGCCAAAGAGCCCAUCCCCUAAGAGUCCAACUGUUAAGAAGCCGGAAUCACCGAAAUUUAAAGUGAAGACGUUCCAGCAGGAGAGUGGCUACAUGGCUGACACUGAUGAGCCUUUUCAGCAGAAAAGUUCUACGGCGUCUGUGCAGAAGAGUUUCGGUAAACACGAGUCCUCGUCGACCACUUCUCAUUCUGAGUCCCGAUCCUCUUACAUGGAGAGUCGGUCAGAGAUGUUUGAAAGCAAGAGUUACGAGAGUCAUCAGAAGAAGAUGGAGUCUUCGUUCGGCUCAUCUAGUGCCGCGUCUCCUACUAAGACUGCCCAGCAACCGGGAAGUUAUCAGCAGCGCAGCUCUUUCACGGAGAAGAGUUACAGCUCCGCAGGCAGCUCGCCGUCGAGAUUCAUGUCCACGAAGGAAACUCUUUAUACCGCGGAUCAGUCGCAGAAAAAGUUGGAGACAUCGAAGAAGAUUCUGCCGCCCUCUCCGAGUCCUUCAAAGUUCGUGAAGAGUGAAUUUCGUGAAAGCGACUACGAGAGCGACUAUGACAGCAGAAUACCGCCACUUUGGAAGCCACGAGGCUAUGAAAGCGACGACCAGACUUUCAGACCCGUGAAACCUAAUCUAUCUGGUCCAGGCAAGCCAAAGGAGCCUCCGUUGCUGAUCGAAGAGGUUUCGAGGCCGAAACAGCCCGAGAAGAAGGACGAGAGACGCGUCGCUACGCCGACCAAGACCAAAAGCGUCUUGCUACCUGGCUCUCCGCCGGAAAUCGCUUACGCGCCGCCACAAUCGCAGCCAACCUACUACGAAGCUCGUUCCGGGAUACCGUUCCAUAAUGCGAUUGGCACUGAGACGAAGAAGACGGUUAGAAUGGACGAAUCGACGGAGAACAGCAGGAGGAUCGUUACUAUGGAACAGACCAGUCGGGUUAUCAAGUUUGGGGAUACCCAAAAGACGGCUACUGAUUUCGGUAGCUUCGAGACUGCUCCGCCUGCACAGAAGCAUAAGCCACAGUACAGAGUACCGGUCCCAAAGAAGUUCGUUCAGGGUCAGUUCAAAGAGUCCGAUUACGAGAGCGACAUUGACACCAGGAUCAAACCUAAAUGGGCACCUCCAGACAGUGACACUGAAGAGCCAAGAUAUAGAAAGGUUCAGCCACCUGCCAUAAAGUCUCCUAGGUCUUCUAGCGCCCCAGUUAGGCAGGAACACGUGGUGUCGCCUAUGGAAUUCGAUAGAGGACCACCUGUCCUAAAGAAACAGACUUCGAUGACGCAGCUUAGGGACGACAGAACGAGGAAGAUCGACACGGAGACGAAGAGAGAGGCUGCUUCCAAGAGGGAGGAGCUGAAGCCUGGCUCGCCACCAGAGUUUGGGUUCAUUUCGAGGACGGAUGUGAAGAAGGCAGCGAAUCACGUCGCGUCACGUCACAUGAGCGACAUGACCAGCAGCUUCAAGUCGAAAACCGAGAAAUUCGUCAGCGACAUCCAGUCGGAUCUGAAGCAGGGCAAGCCGAUCCUGAAGCAUCCGGUCGACAGCCGAGCCACCGAUGCUGACGAGCCGCGAACAUACAGAGAGGAGUCACGGCUCUCGGAACACGGAACGAAGCAAAUCGACCCGGACACCGGGCUGAUAUACUUCAAGUACGACUUCGGCUACGAGUUCGGGAUCGUGUUGCCCGGCGAGGGAAAGAAGACAGUGGCCAGCACCAACCGAACGAUACAGGGCCAGAGGCGCGCCAGCGACAUCGAGGUGCCGAUCGUCCACGAGUUCACCACGAGGAAGGAGAACGGUUUCGCGAAAAGAACAUCGUCGACGACCCCUUCGAACCGCCAGGGGAAGCCUGCUGGUAAAUUCGGCGCUUCGAAGACGGUGAAAUGGGAGCCGACGUCGGAAAGCGAGUUCUCGGAGGCCGAGGACGUGAGAAACGCGAGAAAAAGGCACACGGACGGCGCGAUGGCGCCGCCUAGCCUCGUCAUACCUUGCUCGCCAUCGCCAUCCAGAUGGGAUCAUACGACGCCCAGUCCGCUUUCCUUGAGCCCAAGCUUACCGAGCCUUUCCCCCAGAUACAGUAGCGCAACCGGACCACCUAGCAACGUCGACUCCGCAGGAUCACCGUGGCCAACUACGAACGGCGUGGCCUCGAGCAAAGAAGUGAUUCAGCCUUAUCUCGAAAUACUACCGAAGAAAGCUCCACUUUUCAUCACGCCACUGAGAGACAUCGCGGUGGUGAGCGGGCAAACAGCAAGAUUCGAAUGCAUCGUCCAAGCUGAACCGCAGCCGAACAUCCUUUGGUCGAAGGACGGUAGGAUUGUCGAGAACUCUACGAGCCAUGACAUUCACUAUAGAAAUGGUGUUUGUCGUCUGACCAUAGUGCGAGCCUUUCCCGAGGACGCUGGCACUUACGCGUGUACCGCAACUAACAGCUUAGGUUCAACGGUGACAUCCGCCACGUUGCAGGUGCCAGGUGUGCCAUCGCCAUUUUACGGCACCUACCGCGACCAAAACGUCGCUGAAAGGACGAUCGAGAGUCCACCGAAAUACGUGGCUCUGAGGGACCUCUUUCUGCCGCAGGAGAACGACGUCAAGCACAUGACUCCCAUAAAUCGUCAACAACAACAUUACGAUUUCUCCAUGGAAACGAGCUUGUCCGCGGAACGCAGUUACGCAGGUGGUAACUAUUUGGAGAGGCAAAAUGCGUCGGAAGAAUGCGGCGAGAUAACGAGUCGAAAUCCGAUAGCGAGGCGGCUCGAGUAUUCCGAUUUCGAGGCGAACGGUUUGUGUCACGAUGCCGGUGAUUUCUGCUACGAUCGCGAAUAUUCCCCGUGCACUCCGUGGAAGGUGAAGCGUCCGGAUAGCGUUCAAGGGGAGAUUGUGAUGCAGUCGACGCCCACGGUACCAACAUUUAGUGGCAGACCCGGUGAUCCAUCGCCGCCGGUCUUCGAGCAAAUCUUCAAGAACGCCAGAUUCGCGCAGGGUGGUAACGCGAUUUUCGAAGGGCGGGUCAGGGGUAACCCGAAGCCCACCGUUUCCUGGACGCACAAAGGAGCCCCGUUGUUAGAGUCAUGGAAAAUUCGGAUGUCUUACGACGAUAAAACCGGUACAGUCACCCUGCAAAUUAAUCAGAUCGGUCCGGGAGACGAGGGUGAAUACACUUGCAGUGCUAAAAAUCAGUAUGGCGAAGCGAUUUGCUCAGUCUACAUUCAGCCAGAAGGAUUCGGACCUCCGCAGCAGCAGAUGGGUACCUACAGGAAGGAGUACCAGCAAAGUUUCCAGUCGACCGAACAGAAGAGCCAAACAGGAAGCCAGACUUUCCAGCAGCGCAGCUAUCAGCAAACGAUUGACAAACGAAGCUACAUGAACGGAUCCUCCACCAGCAUCGAGGACUUCAAGGUCGACACGUUCGAGUACAGACUGCUGCGUGAGACAGAAUUUCGAGAGUCGAUUACCCGCCGCUUCGUGGGCGAAUCGGACGCGCAGAUUUCGACGACGGUGGAUCGUAACCUGGGACCGGUUGCACCUCCGCAGUUCGCGCAGAAGCCGAGAAACUCGAAGCUCGUCGAAGGAUCGGACGCCGUUUUCACCGCGAAAAUAUCUGGCAACCCGAAACCAAGAUUAACUUGGUUCAGAAACGGCCAAAGGAUCCGCGAUUCCCAACGCGUAGAGAUGAGCUAUUCGAAUCAGCAAGCCACAUUGAAGAUCAGAGUCGCUUUACCGGAAGACAGCGGCCAUUACACCUUGCUCUCAGAGAACCCUCAAGGUUGCACCGUCAGUUCCGCGUACCUUGCGAUCGAGUCCAGCGCGGAUCAAGUAGAUCAGGCAUACCAGACCUAUCAAAAGGAGACGGUGAAGGCCCAACAGCAAGUAGAAUCGACCGGCGAGUCCGACUCUGGCAAAGUUCUGCCGCCAAAUUUCGUUCGCACCUGCAGCGAUCGUGAUGCUACCGAAGGAAAAAUGACUAGGUUUGACUGUCGUGUAACCGGCCGUCCGUAUCCGGAAGUAACAUGGUACAUAAACGGGCAACAAGUAGCCAACGAUUUCACCCACAAGAUCCUGGUGAACGAGUCCGGCAAUAACUCACUGAUGAUUACAAACGUGAGCCGCGCUGACGCCGGCGUCGUCACCUGUAUCGCGAGAAACAAAGCCGGCGAGACGUCCUUCCAAUGCAACCUGAACGUCAUCGAGAAGGAGCAAGUGGUCGCACCGAAAUUCGUAGAACGGUUCACCACGACAAACGUCAAGGAAGGUGAACCGGUUGUGUUCAUGGCGCGCGCGGUUGGCACGCCUGUGCCGCGUAUCACUUGGCAGAAGGAUGGUGUACCGUUAACACCCGGACCGGAUGUACGUAUAUCAACGGAUGGCAGUGGAGCUUCGACUUUGGACAUAUCCUGCGCGAAACUGUCGGAUGCAGCUUGGUACCAAUGCACUGCGCAGAAUGUGGCCGGCUCGACAGCCACCAGAGCACGGCUUUUCGUGGAGACACCGAAAGGAGCAGCCCCCGAACCAAGACGCCUGAAUUUACCCCGACCGACGAAAGUCAUCGAACCAGAACCAGCGCCUGGCCCCGAAGUGAUUUAUUUGCGGCACGUGGAACGUGCCAAGCCGUAUUUGCCUCCACCCGAGGAGGACAGAGUUUAUCCACCGCCACGUUUUAUUAUACCAUUGAGGGACGUCCAUCAGAUCGAGGGUGGACGUAUUCACUUCGAGGCCAGAAUCGAACCGGUGGGCGAUCCCACUAUGAGGGUAGAGUGGUAUGUUAAUGGAAGAGCUCUCGAUGCGAGUUCCCGGGCGACUUCCAUUUUCCGAUUUGGCUUUAUCUCUCUCGACCUCAUCAGUAUCGUUAUCCAAGACAGCGGCGAAUACUUGUGCCGCGUCGUGAGUUCGACUGGAGUCGCCGAGUCCCGAGCUACCCUCAGCGUGACCCCACGCGCGACAAUCGAACAGGCUAGUCAACACCCCGACAGCCUCCAAUAUAUCCAACAGCUCGAGGAUUACAGCAAAUAUCAAAGGCAGGAGAGUGUGGAGGAGAUCUCUUCACAGCGGCCGGCCUUCAUCCGCCCGCUCCAGGAUCUAGGAGAGCUGCAGGAAGGUCGGAACGCCCAUUUCGAGGCGCAGCUGACCCCUGUUAGCGAUCCCACGAUGAAAGUGGAGUGGUACAAGGAUGGUAGGCCGAUCACAGCUAGCUCAAGAAUCACAACCAUCUUCAACUUCGGAUACGUCUCGCUCAAUAUAAUGCACCUACGAGCUGAAGAUGCGGGUUCUUACACCGUGAGAGCUGUGAACCGCUUGGGAGAGGCCGUCAGCUCCGCGUCUCUUCGUGUCUUUGCACGCACAAGCGUUACUACAGAAUUGGGAAUCCCCGAGCAACAGAGAUAUAUCGAGGCUGCCGAGGAGUUGGAAGCCUACCAACAGGCCAUGCACCAGAAGUACGUACAGGAGCAGCCUGAACCGACUAGCCCACCGGAAUUCAAAUCACCUAUCAAGGAUCAGAACAGCAUACGAGAAGGCGGAUUCGCUCAUUUUGAAGCGCGUUUAGAGCCGGUCGGCGACGCUGACCUCAGAGUUGAAUGGCUCAAGGACGGACGCCCUGUAGAAGCUAGUUCACGUAUUACGACAUUCUUCAAUUUCGGUUACGUAGCGCUCACCAUCAAAUACGUGACGAUCUACGAUGUCGGCGUGUACACCUGCCGCGCGUACAACCGCGUCGGUGAGGCACACACCACCGCUCAAUUAAGCGUGAUCAGCAAGAACGAUGUCAUUUAUGACAGCCAGCACCCCACCGGUCUCCAAAAGAUCCAGACCCUGGAGGAUUCUAGCAGAUACUCACGACAAGUGCAAGAAGAAACCCAAGUCACUCAGGCACCACGGUUCCUAGGGACAUUGAAGGGCACUAAUAAAAUAGUUGAAGGACAACGCGCACACUUUGAAGCUCGCGUCGAGCCGCAAAGUGACUUAACAAUGACCAUCGAAUGGUACCAUAAUGGAAAGCCAAUCACCGCAGCGAACAGAAUUCAAACUUACCAUGAUUUUGGCUACGUUGCCAUUGACAUUCUUCAAGUUAGACCCGAAGAUGCUGGCACCUACACUGUUGUCGCGAGGAACGCCCUUGGCGAAGCUCGAUUAUCAGCUACCAUGGUCGUAGAAACACGUUCGAGUGUUGACACCAGCAGCAUGCACCGUACAUCCUACGAGAAAACUCAGCGCCUCGAAGAAUCGAAGUUCGUCGAACCUCACUACCAUAUCGAAGAAAUUUCGAAAUCGAAACCGAUUUUCGUUCAACCAUUGAGCGAUCCUAAGCCAGUAAGCGAGGGCAAGAACAUCCAUUUAGAAUGCCGCCUGGAACCAAUGGGCGAUCCAACGAUGAGGGUCGAAUGGUUCCAAAAUGGCCGACCGGUCACCGUCGGUUCCAGAUUCAGAACUUACUAUGACUUCGGUUUCGUCGCUCUGGACAUCGUGCACUCGACUGUCCUCGAUUCUGGCGAAUACACCGUUAGAGCCACUAAUCAUCUCGGCACUGCUCAUACCUCAGCCUGCGUGAGGGUCAUUGGAAAAUCUGAUGUAGUCACUGAAACGCAACACGAACAAUCGCUGGAGCAGAUUCAGAUGUUGGAGGAUUCUGCAAAAUACCGCAGGACGCAGCAAGAAGAAGUGACAGUAAUGCAAGCUCCUCAAUUCACUCGACCAUUGCACAACAUCGAGACUGUCGAACUGACGAAUGUCCAUCUCGAAUGUCGUCUUCAGCCAGUUGGCGACGCCACGAUGAAAGUCGAAUGGUUUGUAAACGGCAGAGCAGUGAAGACGGGUCACAGAUUCCGACCAUCCUAUGAAUUCGAUUACGUGGCACUCGAUAUUCUUGGUGUGUACCCCGAAGAUUCAGGUGUGUACACUUGCCAAGCCAGAAAUCAGCUCGGAGAGGCCGUCACCUCUUGCUCAGUGAGAGUACACGCAAAGAAAGAUUUGCUUUUGGAAACCCACCACCCUGAAGGCUUGGAGAGAAUACAAUAUUUGGAGGACGCCUCUAGAUAUAAGAGGCACGAAAUCGUUGACGAGGUGGUGAACGUUAAGCCUAGAUUCAUCACUGCUCCGAAAAACCAAGAGAACCUGCGUGAAGGGCAACACGCGCAUUUCGAGUGCAAGCUGGAACCUGUGACGGACUCGAACUUGAAGGUCGAGUGGUUUAAGAAUGGUCGUCCGGUUACAAUAGGACACCGAUUCCGUCCGAUACACGAUUUCGGCUACGUUGCUCUGGACGUGAUCGACCUGAUCGCCGAGGAUUCAGGCACUUACACCUGCCGCGCAGUGAAUCUCGUCGGCAGUGACGAAGUUUCCUGCACGUUGUCUUGUCGGUCGACCGCCCAGGUCUUGACGGACACGCAAAACGAGCUCGGUCUCGAGCGCAUUCACUAUCUCGAAGACAGGACCAAGUACCACCGACAAGAAGUUGUCGAAGAAACAACAACUCAGGCGCCGAUUUUCACCACGUCGUUGAACAACGUGGAGAUAAAGGAAGGACAGAGAGCUCAUUUUGAAUGCCGAUUGAUACCAGUGUCCGAUGUAACGAUGAAAGUCGAAUGGUUCCACAACAACAAGCCAGUCAAGGCUGGAUCUAGAUUCGUCGAGACGAAUAACUUUGGCUUCGUCGCGCUGGACAUUAUGUAUGCGUACCCUGAAGAUUCUGGCACGUACACUUGUCGAGCGAAGAAUAUCAUUGGCGAAGCGAUUACUUCGGCAACUGCAGUUGUGCACUCGAAAAAAUCAAUCUACAUGGAAACUCAAAACGAGGAGACCCUGCAACGUCUUCGCUACCUGGAGGAUACUUCGCGUUACCAACGCAAAACCACAACGGAGGAGACAGUUACGCAAGCACCAGUCUUCACGAUGCCUAUCAAGGACCUCAAAGUCGCUGAAAAUCAAGCAGCCCACUUCGAAGCUCGCGUUAUUCCUGUCGGCGACUCUAAGUUGAAAGUUGAAUGGUUGCGAAACGGAGUUCCCAUCUCAGCUUCUAAUCGCGUGACCACGAUGCACGAUUUCGGAUACGUCGCUCUGAACAUGAAAUAUGUGAACCCUGAAGACUCAGGUACUUACACUUGCCGUGCAGUGAACGAUCUCGGAGAAGCAGUCACGUCUGCUACACUCUUCGUACAAUCGAAAGCAGCGCUUCAAUUGGAGUCGCAGCACGAGAGCGCGCUGUCGAAGAUCCAGGCACUGGAAGACACCAGCAGGUACCAGCGCCGCGAAGAAGAGGAGAUCGUCGUGAAAGAGAAGCCCCGGUUCACUGUCCAACUGAACGGGCCGACCAGCCUGGUCGAGGGGCAAAGCGCACACUAUGAGUGCCGCAUAGAACCGUACCCAGACCCGACCAUGAAAGUCGAGUGGUUCCAUAACGGCAAACCACUGUCCACCGGUCACAGGUACAGGACCACGUGCGACUUCGGGUUCGCAGCGCUCGACGUGCUGACCGUGUACGCCGAAGACUCUGGCACGUACACCUGCCAGGCCACCAACAAACUUGGAUCGGCGCAGAGCUCGAUCAAUCUGACCGUGAAAUCUCGCGCCUCGAUCAUCCGUGAAACGCAACACGAAAGCGCUCUGAAGAAGAUACAGUACCUCGAAGACGACUCGCGUUACAAGCGUGUCGAUGAGGAGGAAUUGAUUAUCGCCGAGAAACCGAAAUUCGGUCGUCCAUUGAAGAACAUUGAACACCUUCCCGAGGGCAAGAGUGCUCAUCUUGAGGCCACUUUAACACCUGUAAACGAUCCAACGAUGGUGGUAGAGUGGUACAGGGAUGGAAGACCGAUUCCGCAAGGUCACAAGUUCAAGACCACUUAUGAUUUCGGAUAUGUUGCCCUGGACAUCCUCUAUGCUUAUCCGGAGGACUCUGGAACCUACAUGUGCAAAGCCAGAAACGCUGUCGGCGAGGCUGUUACCACUUGCGUGAUUAGCGUUGACUCGAAACAAGGCCUCUUCUUGGACACGUUGGACGCCCAGCGUUUGCAGAAGAUUCGCGAGCUGGAGACAGUGGAGGUGAAACAAGAAGUCGAGAAAGAGGUUGUGCACCAGAAGCCCGUUUUCCUGACACCGCUGAACAACCUGGAUCAUCUAAAGGAGGGCGAGCAUGCUCAUUUAGAAUGCCGCGUCGAACCUAUCAACGAUCCAAACUUGAAGAUAGAAUGGUUCGUAAAUGGUGUCGCUGUAAGAACUGGACAUCGCUUCCGCAAGACCCACGAUUUUGGAUACGUUGCACUUGAUAUUCUGUAUACCUAUCCUGAAGACUCAGGCACUUACAUGUGCAAAGCUACUAAUUUGGCUGGCGAGGCUGUCAACACUUGUACCAUCAAAGUAGGCUCUCGCCGUAGUAUUCUCCUGGACACACAACAUCCCGAUGGUUUAGAAAAGAUUCGCGAACUCGAAGCCCAUGGACAUCCAGCCCGUUUGGAAGUCGAAGAACCACCAGUGACUCCUCCAAGAUUCGUCACUGAACUAAGGGGUACCACUGAAGUGUACGAAGGCCAAACAGCUCACUUCGAGUGUCAAGUGGAGCCUCUUCACGAUGCCAACUUAAGAAUCGAGUUCUUCCACAAUGGCAAGCCUCUGCCAUCAGCUUCCCGAUUCCAUGUGACCUUUGACUUUGGAUACGUGGCUUUGGACAUCAGCCACGCAGUUCCUGAAGACGCAGGACAGUAUUCUGUCCGAGCGAUCAACGCUCUCGGACAAUGCGUCUCAUCGAUCGAACUCAAAGUUAUUCCACGCGACAAUAUUAUCCUCGACUCGCAGCGUCCUGAAGGCAUGGACAAAAUCCGCGAGCUCGAAGCUCAGCAGCCCUGGAAGAGACCGGAGAUACCGGAACCGCAGACCAGGCAACGGCCAGUUUUCACUCAGCCUUUGCAGAACAUUGACGCUAUUCCCGAGGGACAGACUGCUCACUUCGAGUGCAGGCUGAUACCUGUGGGAGACCCUACAAUGAAGGUCGAGUGGUUCAGGAACGAAGUUCCUCUCGAGACAAGCUCUAGAAUUACCAAAGUCCACGAUUUCGGAUUCGUGUCCCUGGAUAUUACUCACGUGCGCGAGGAGGAUGAAGGUGUCUACAUGUGCCGUGCUACCAACGCGCUUGGUGAAGCGGUCACUACAGCUUCAAUGAAGAUCAAGAGUAAAGCUAGUAUACAAUUAGACACCCAACACCCUGAAGCCCAACGCAAGAUCGCACAGCUUGAAGCUGACAAACCAGGCCGUGCUGAAGAGCCAGAUAAAGUAUUCGACAAACCGAUCUUCACGCAACUGUUGACGGGUCCCACAGAAUUGUGGGAAGGACAAAUGGCUAGAUACGAGUGCAGAGUCGUACCUGUUGGUGAUGGCAGUUUGAGAUUCGAAUGGUACAUAAACGGAGUUGAACUGAAAAUGGGUUCUCGUUUCCACGUGAGCCACGACUUCGGUUACGUGACUCUCGACAUCCUGAAAGUCAUACCCGAAGACUCCGGCGUGUACACGUGCAAGGCGAUCAACAAAGCCGGAGAAGCAGUAUCCUCUAUAUCUCUGAAAGUGAAAGCCCGCUCAGCCAUCGAUGCAGACAGCCUGCAACCGGACGCUUGGCAGAAGAUCCAACUGAAAGAAGCCGAGAUGAACAAGGUCCCAGAAAUGUUCGUGGACACUACACCCCAACAAGCACCGGUGUUCACCAAACAUCUAGAGAGCUUCGACAAACUAGUCGAGGGCCAGCACGUCUACCUCGAAGCCCAAGUCGAGCCAAGAGCAGAUCCCAAUCUUCGAGUGGAAUGGUUCAAGAAUGGAAUAUCCCUACAAACAGGAACGAGACUUCGCAGCACCUUCGACUUUGGCCUGGUGACUCUGUCUAUAAACGGUCUAAGAGCAGAUGACUCAGCAAUUUACACCUGCAAAGCUACAAAUCUACUUGGAGAAGCUGUAUCCACUUGCAGCUUGAAGAUCGUCGAUCGUCAUUGGUUGCUAGGUGACACUCUUCAUCCCGAUGCUCUUCCCAAGAUUGACGCCCUGGAACAACCUCAGGUGACCAGCGCAGAACAACCAGAGCCUACCUAUGAGGAGCCAGUCUUCAUUACUCACUUGAACAACGUAGAAUGUAUCGAAGGUGACAACGUCCACUUCGAGUGCAACGUGGAGCCUUCUAAAGACCCAACGAUGAAGAUCGAAUGGUUCAUCAAUGGAAAGCCCCUGCCAUCUGGAGCGAGGUACAAAUCGACUUACGACUUUGGUUAUGUUGCUCUAGACAUCAACCAUGCUUAUGAAGAAGACUCUGGUGUAGUGAUCGUGAAAGCAACUAAUUCAAAGGGCUCUGCACAGACAUCUGGAACGUUGAAGUGCAUCAGCAAGCAGAACAUCUAUCUUCAGACCCAGCAUCCUCAAGGAGAAGCUGGUCUGCAGAAAGUCAAAGAAGCAGAGGACGCUUACUUGUCCAAAUAUAAGAGACCUGAUGAAGGCCCUGAGCAUGAAUACCCUAAACCAAUCUGGACAGUUCCCCUGCAGCCUGAAUUCAAACUUGGUGAGUCUGAACCUCUUCACUUGGAGGGCCAGGUGGAGCCUAAGGAGGAUCCUAAUUUGAAGAUCGAAUGGUACUUCAAUGGCAAGGCUUUGGAACAUGGGUCCAGGUUCAAGAUGACCAGCGACUUUGGAUUUGUUACAUUGGAUCUGACCGAUGUCUACGACAGAGACUCCGGUAUAUACACAUGCAAAGCUUACAACAAAGCUGGAGAAGCUUUCACAUCCACUACAGUGUACUGCUCGACGAAGGAGAACAUCAUUGAGAGAUCUCAACAUCCUAAGGGUAAAGAGGGUCUGGAAGCUAUCCAAGACCUAGAGGAGUCUCUGAAACGCCAAGAAGGCGGACCACCAGAAAGCGAAGAGGGACAUCCUCCAGUGUUCACCUCGCAGUUCGAAAACUUAACCAACCUGUCCGAAGGCGAAAUCGCUCACUUCGAAGCUUCCCUUACUCCAACUGGUGACCAAACGAUGGUCGUCGAAUGGUUCUACAAUGGCAAACCACUGGAAGCUAGUCAUCGCACUAGAACAGUCUACGCGUUUGGCAUGGUUGUUCUCGAAGUGCUAGGUACUAAAAUCGAAGACUCCGGCACUUAUUCUUGCAGAGCAACCAACAAAUGGGGCAAAGCUGAAAUCAGCGUACAGCUAGAGUGUGUUGACAAGUCGAAGGGUCAGAAGCCCAAGUUCACUACUCAGAUUCAAUCUCUGGAAGGCUUGAAAGAUGGCCAAUCAGCGCACUUCGAGUGCACGCUAAUUCCUGUUGGCGAUCCUCAUAUGAAGGUCGAAUGGUUCCACAAUGGUCAGCCUUUGAGACAUUCCUCAAGGUUCAAAAUGGUGUCUGACUUCGGUUUCGUGGUGAUGGACAUAGCUGGAGUGAUGGCACACGACACUGGCGAGUAUGUCUGCAAGGCAAGCAAUAAAUAUGGCGAGGACUACACCAAGGCAACUUUGAGGUGCUUCGGCAAGAGUGGAGUGUAUCUUGACUCCCUUCAGCCCGAUUCCCUUGCUAGGAUCCGCGAGCUGGAGAGCUAUGGCGGCGAACAACCUGCUACGCCUACCACACCAGUCGCUGAACCUCCUAAGUUCAUCACACAGAUUACUGACAUUACCAAACUUGUUGAAGGACAGUCUGCUCACUUCGAGGCUAGACUGACACCAGUGACUGACCCUGAUUUGAAGGUUGAAUGGUACUACAAUGGGAAGAAACUUCCUCAUGGACAUCGUUACAGGACCUUCCACGAUUUUGGCAUUGUUAUCUUGGACAUACUUUACUGCUACGAGGAGAAUUCUGGAGUAUACGAGUGCAGGGCUUUUAAUAAGUAUGGAGAGGAUACAACGAAGGCAACAUUGAAGUGCUACUCCAAGGCUAGCUUGAUCUUGGAGUCCCAGUUGCCUAAGGGUAUGGAGGGUGGUUUAGAGAAGAUCCAAACGCUAGAGGAUUCAAUGAUCAGGACGAGGGACGAGAAAGUGACCGAAGAACGUGGAAAGGCUCCGGUGUUCACCGUGCCGCUGAGCAAUAUCGAUGGCCUUCGCGAGGGCGAGAGCGCGCACUUUGAAGCUAGACUUACGCCUACCGACGAUCCCAAGUUAAAGGUCGAAUGGUUCUGGAACGGAAAACCAUUGCGAACCGGUUCCCGUUUCCGCACGUUCUGCGACUUCGGCUUCGUGAUCCUCGAGAUCUCGCCGAUCUACCCAGAAGACUCCGGCGAGUACAGCUGUCGCGCUUCGAACGAGUACGGCGAAGCUGUCACCACCUGCACGAUGAAGUGCACUGGAAAACGCAGUAUAAUCUUAGAGUCGCAGUUACCUAAGGGAAUGGAGAGCACCAUCGACAAGAUCGCCGAGCUUGAAGGCCUAGGAAACGAGCCCAGCGCAGCUACACCUGAAGAUGACACCGGCAAGCCACCGGAAUUUGUCACGACACCAUCUGAUUUAACACUAACAGAAAACUCUCUGGCUCACUUCGAGUGCAGGCUGACACCUAUCAAUGACUCCAGCAUGAGAGUCGAAUGGUUCCACAACGGAAAGCCUCUUCUAGCUGGCAGCAGGAUCAAAACCAUUCAUGACUUCGGCUUCGUCAUUUUGGAGGUCGCUAACUGCUACCAACGUGACUCUGGUUUAUACACCUGCAAAGCGACCAAUCGCCACGGCGAAGCUACCGUGUCCUGCAAGCUGCAGGUCCGUGGACGUCAAGGCAUCAUCCUGGAACCCCAAUUGCCUACCAACUUCAAGACUGGAACAGAGAGCAUUCAGAAACUGGAAGAGGCUCUGUACAAGAGGGAUGAAAUUCUGACCGAAGAAGAGACACCUAAUCCUCCUAAGUUUACCGUAGAGCUGAAAGAUAUCGAAGUCGAGGAAGGAGCGCCUAGUCACUUUGAUUGUAGAGUAGAGCCUGUUGGAGACUCUACCAUGCGUAUCGACUGGUUCCACAAUGGACGAUCAUUCGCGACUGGCUCCAGAGUUCAUCAGAUAAACGACUUUGGCUUCAUUUCUUUGGAUAUGUCUUAUACCUACGCCAGGGACAGUGGAGAAUACGUUUGCAGAGCUACUAAUAAGUGGGGAUCUGCUACUACUAAAGCUACCAUCACUUGUAAAUCUAAGAAAACUAUUGACUUCGAGUCCCAGCUGCCAUCAGGCAUGAGCGGCGAGAAACUGAAGGAAUUGGAACGCGGACCAAUCAGCGAACCACCACCGGAAGAGCAGGUGCCGCGACAGCCGCCGAAAUUCAUCACUCAAAUCCAAUCGGCGACCGUUGAUGAAUCCGAACCCGUCAGGUUCGAGUGUCGCGUGGAACCAAAGGAUGACCCGAAUUUGCGUAUCGAGUGGUACCGCAAUGGAAAAUUGAUUCCAGCUGGUCACAGAUACAGGAGCACGUAUGACAUGGGAUUCGUGUCCAUGGACAUCCUGUAUGUCUAUCCAGAGGAUUCAGGAGAAUACGUGUGCAAGGCCGUCAAUGACUUUGGAGAGGAUACUACCAGAGCAUCGGUUUCAUGCAAAAGACUACCGAGCAUCAUUUUGCAAAAUCAAGUGCCAAAGGGCAUGAAGAAAUCGGAAGCGUUGAUGCAAAUGGAAGCGACCAUCAAGAAAUACACAUCCGAAGUUCAUUUAACGGAAGACGACCUAUACGACGCGGACAAGAAACAACCCCCACGUUUCGUUACCCAGAUACAAGACCAAACCGAGUUGGUCGAGAUGAACAGCACGAAGUUCGAGUGCCAAUUGGCGCCAGUCGGCGACCCGAAUAUGAAGGUCGAAUGGUUCUUCAACGGCAAACCGCUGCCGCAGAAGAACAGGUUCACGCCGAUCUACGAUUUCGGCUACGUAGCAAUGAACUUCGGCUGGGUCUACCCAGAAGACAGCGGAGAGUAUCUUUGCAGGGCGACGAACCUUUACGGCAUGGACGAAACGCGCGCCGUGAUCCGAACUGCCGGAAAGCCUGGCAUCAUUUACGAGUCCCAGCUGCCUAAAGGCAUGAAGAGUAUCGAGAAGAUCAGAGAAAUGGAAGCUGCAUGGCAAAUAGUACCUGAGGAAGAAGGUGAAGAAGAAAAGGUGCGAGCACCGCCGACAUUCGUCAGCAAACCAGAACCCGUGACUGUCGAAGAAGGCGAUUGGUCCAGGUUCUGCUGUCGUGUUACUGGUCAUCCUAGACCACGCGUGAUGUGGAUCAUCAACGGACACACCGUGGUUAAUGGAUCACGUUACAAGCUCACCUACGACGGCAUGUAUCACCUGGAUAUACCAAAAACAAGACAAUACGACCACGGAAAGGUCGAAGUGAUCGCCAGAAGUUCGGUCGGCGAAGCUCGCACGGAAACGACGUUGACAGUGAAACCAAGGAGCGACGAUUAUCGCGGAGUGUUGAAGAACUCUCCAAGGCCCUGGUAUGAUUACGGGCUGACCCAAUACCAAACGGAACGACAGAACACAGAGCUCGAGAGAGUGUUCGACGAAAGGCAUCACAACGUCUCGCAGGGUAUCGAGAUCGCCACCGAGCACCUUGGUCAGAAAGUGAUCAAAGAGCCCGAGACAGAAUGGCAGAAAUCCGUGAAGAGCAAGAAGAACGAGGAUUACUACAACAAGCUGAUGAACCUCGAAGAGGAACAGGUGCUGAAGGAGAGCAGACUGAGAGAAUCCAGUCACCAGUUCGCCAUUCCCGGUGAGAAGAUCGUCGCCCACUCCGUGGCUAAGGGGAUGGCACAGAAAUACGAAGAAACCUUGGAAGACAAGAAGGAAGAGACAACCCAGGAAACAACGCAGACAACAAAGUACGUGAAGAAACCACACACAACGGAAGUGGACAUAGAUAUCGAACGCACGAAGAGCAGCGGCAAGUACCCUCCGGAACCAUCGGAGUCAACAGUGCAUGGUCGCGAGGUGCACGUAGCCAAGCAGAAGCAAACGCAGAAGGAGCUUAAAGGCGAUCUAGAGAUCACCAGAAAGAUCACAGCCACGGAAACCACCGAAAUGGAGCACAAGGCGAAGACCCAAGAACGCGUUGUCCAGGGCGCAGUAAAACCAGCUAAACCUCCAGUGUUCACGAAGAAGAUUCAGCCUUGCAGAGCUUUCGAGCAAGAACAAGCGCGCUUCGAAGUCGAAUUCGAUGGCGACCCGUUGCCAAAUAUUAAAUGGUACCGCGAGGACUUCCCGAUCCAAAACUCGCCGGAUCUUCAGAUCUACACGUUCAGCACUAAAUCCGUAUUGAUCGUGAGGCAAGUGUUUAUGGAAGAUUCCGGUGUCUUCUCCGUGAUCGCUGAGAACAGAGGCGGAAAAGCGAAGUGCAGCGCUAACUUGGUGGUCGAGGAGCGCAGAAGACAGCCCGGAAGAGGAGGAGUGGUACCGCCAAGUUUCCUGUCGACUAUUCAGAACACCUCGGUGACUACCGGUCAACUGGCUAGAUUCGACGCUAAAGUGACUGGAACUAAACCUCUGGACGUUUAUUGGUUAAAGAACGGCAAGAAAGUAACAGCGGACAUUCGUUACAAGACACUUGAGGAGGACAAUAUUUACACGCUGCUGAUCCUAGAGACAGUGCCGGAAGAUUCAGGAAAAUACGAGUGCGUCGCGAUAAACAGCGCCGGGGAGGCGCGUUGCGAUGGCGAGUGCACGGUGCGAGGACCCCAGUCCCCGACGAAAAUGGCGAAACCGACGACUCCUGGCGUCGAGAAGGCGCCAACGGUUGUAGAGCCGUUGAGAGACCAAACGAUCAAAGAGGGAACAUCUGUCGCUUUCGCGUGCAGGAUCUCUGGGAAACCGGUACCAACGGUGCAAUGGAAAAAGGGCGACAAGGUGAUCAAGCCGUCCAAGUACUUCCAAAUGCAGAAGGAGGGUGAACUAUGCACUCUGAGGAUCUCUGAAGCGUUCCCCGAAGACGAGGGUGUUUACAAGUGCAUCGCUAAGAAUCCAGCUGGCGAUGUGACCACUUCAGCUAAUCUCAGAGUUCUUGCUCCCGACGCAGCUGACACUUUGCCCAAACUGACACCUUUGAAGGACCAGAUAGUCCUGGAAGGGCAACCGGCGCAAUUCAAAACCCAAGUCACACCAGCUAAACCAAAGCCGACCAUCCAAUGGUAUCGUGAAGGUGCCUUGAUCCCGCAGUCACCUGAUUUCCAGAUGAUACACGAGGGCAACAACGCCGUCCUCCUCAUAGCAACAACAUACGAAGAGGACACUGGCACCUUCACCUGCCGAGCUACCACCUCAGCCGGCACCGUAGAAACCUCCGCCAAACUCAUCGUCAAAAGUAAGAAUUGAAUAAAAGAUACAUGUUCAAUUGCUAACACGAAGCGCGAUUGAAUGGACGGGAUAAGCCUCUAGGGACUGGCGGAGAAACGUGUUCGAAUCUGAGACGUAGAUCCUUCCAAUAAAAAAAGAACAAGCACACAGAAAUUUUCAUUCUUAACCCUUUGUGUCCAGAAUUACUCUUACUUCCUUUGUUUCUCAAAUCUCCCAUACCCAAAACUGUUUGAAUACAUACGAAUAUCAAAAAUACUUCUAUACGGUCAUUAAAACAGAAAUACCGGUACUUCACUCUAAACGAAGUGAAUCGAAGGGUGAUAUUUUACAAAAUAAAGUAGUAUUUCGAAGUACCUUCAGGACACAAAGAGUUGAAACAACCAGAAAAUCAUAGAAAUUUUCCUUUUCUUCGGAAUUAACUUUCAGUUAUGAAUAACGUGUCUAUAAAAAUGAUUCAGAAUAUAAUUUUCAAUAUGAGAAAGCCACAGAAACACAAUAUUUUGGAAGAAACUACAGGCAAACCACUACAAACGGUCUCAGUCCGCGUUUCUCUGUCGAUCGCGCGCCAUCGAGGACCCCGUGCGUGUUUUCAUUCUUUUUUUCGCUUUUUUUCGUUGCCCCCUCUAAAAAGGAAUCCCAUAACCUGCCAUCUCCCCGCCCCGUAUCCCCCGAAUCACUCGCCCCGCCCGACGUUUUAAUCAAAAGUCUCGAGCGAGCCUGGGGAGUUGUGUACUUACUAACUCGUCGUGUUUUUUUGAAAGUAGACGAGCGAGUGAAACGAGACGUUUAGGGAAAAAGGUUUUAAAGCAAAGAGACAGAGGUUCCGAGGAACGGAACACGCUUUCAGGGAAGUGGAUUAAGAGAGCGUGAAAGGGAACAAUGCCGCGAGCGCGCGAAGGUGGUGCUGAAACAAAAGAUUGAGAUCGUUUCGUCGAGGACGCGAGAGAACGAGAAGUGAAACGGGUCGAAGCGGUUUUCGCGGUUCUUGUUUCUCGAUUGUCUUCUACGCUAAGCUGAAACAAAAAAAAAAUACGGAUGCGGAUGACGGAUGCAAAAGAAAAACAAAGAUUACCAUCGAACGGUGCAUAUUUAUUACAAAAUCAACGAGCGAGACGCAUCCGCAUACGUUUUUUCGGGCCGUAGAAGAUUCGCGACUCGCGAGCAGAGAUAUCGAAGGUGGUGCUUCGACAAGAGGAAGUUUCUUUUCCGACCAGAAAAGUUUUCUUCCUCGGCGAGAGACGCAUCGCGAUUUCCUUCCCUUAUUCAGUUGUACAUAAAAAUCCGUAGAUAAACGGGAGGGAGGGGGAAGAAGAAGAACGAUCCGGUUUAUACGCGAUGGAUCGUUCGCGCACGCCGUCUAAGAAUCUAUGAGAGAACCGCGAAAGCAAACCAGGUAGACAGUGACGAAGCAUUGAGCGAUGAUACGAUGACAACGAUACGUCGGCGUGAAACGCGGACAAGAAGAGCUCGUUUACUCGUUCGUUCUUUUUUUUAGUGUCGAUGUUCAUUAUAAACAAGCAUAUACGUGUAUCGUAAACAUUAUAUAUUAUACAUAUGCAUAUACAUAUACAUAUACAUAACUAGAUAUAUAUACAUAUAUAUAUAUACAUAAAUGUAUAUGUAUCAUUUAUAUAUAUAUACAUAUGUAUGUAUAUAUAUGUAUAUAAAUAUAAAUAUAGAUUAUUUGUAAGUGUACACCGUUACCCCGUUCGCCGAUAUACACGUAACACACGGAAAGAGAGAAUUCGAUUCAGUUCUACACCGGCGAGAGAAGUUUAUAGUUACACGACUAAAAACACGCAGAAACCCUCCUUAACAUUCUACUAAUCGAUUAUUUAUUAUUGUACAAUGGAAAGGCCAAUAAAAUCGAUUGUUUUAAGUA